AGUUCAGAGGGUAAUGGUUGGAUGAAGAUGGCUGUCGGCAAACGGAGGUGUUGGCAGUAAGCGAAAUGGCUCACAGAACUAGACUCGUGUUUAGCCAUCAUUACUAGACUUGAAAUGCAGAGCUAUAUGCAUUUCUGAUAAUUAUUAUAUUUUGACAUUUUUGUCGAGGAGGGCUGCAUAAUGGUGCACGUGUACGAGUUCAUGUGGCGGGUUUUGCAUGUCCUUCUCCACAUUCAUAGAACGUUUAUCACUUUGUUCCGAAUCUGUCUUCGCAAUUGGAAUGGGCAGCUAUGGUCACGAGCCUUAGCGGCGCUUCUUGUGCCGAUAGCCCUCUCGUUUCCCAAACAGAAAAAACUCGUUCCUGCACCCGGUAAACGCGUUGGUCGUCGGUAUCGCUGGGGGGCGGAUGGGAAAUCCUUGGAGAAGCUGCCUGACCAUAUCGGCUUGUUGAUAGCGGAAGAAGAGCCGAGAUACACAGACAUUGCCAACCUUGUCGUGUGGUGCAUGGCAGUCGGCAUAUCUUAUAUCAGUGUGUACGAUAAUCACGGUGUGUUCAGGAGGAACAACUCCAGGCUGAUGGAGGAGAUCCUGAAGCAGCAGCAGGAGCUCCUGGGUCUGGAAGGCUCCAAGCAGCACUCUGUAGAGUUCCUCAGCAAUGGCACUGCCAAACAGGACCAUCAAGUGCUGUCGUGUCAGUCCGUGGUGAAGGUGCUGUCUCCAGACGAUGGGAAGCUGAGAAUCGUCCAGGCAGCACAGGAGCUGUGUAGAGCUGUGGAACAGCUGGAGAAGACAGCCAAAGACAUCAACGUCACUGUGCUUGACUCUCUACUCAGAGAGUCGAAGACUACACCAGAUCCUGACCUGGUUCUGAAGUUCGGCCCAGUAGAAAGCACCCUGGGGUUCCUGCCCUGGCACAUCAGACUGACAGAGUUCAUCUCCUUACCCUCCCACGUGGAUGUCUCCUAUGAGGACUUAUUCAGCGCCCUUCAGCACUACGCCUCCUGUGAGCAGCGGCUGGGGAAGUGAGUGAUUGGCCAGGCCCCCUUCAGAGGAAGGGGAACGACAGGGGUGGGGUAGGAGCUGCCCUUGCCCCUCCUCCUCCCGGGUCUCUGUUUACAGUGCAGGCGCUAGAGAACAAGCAGACAGCGUACCGCCACAUCAAAUCGCAUGUCCACCACCACUCACUCACUGUUUUUCUGCUCAUCUGGCUCGCCAGGCCACCUCUGUGAGGCAUGCUGGGUAGUACGGGCCCUGCCAAGGUAGCGUCACGCACUGAACAUCUACCCCCGCGUCAGUCGGAUUAACGAGGAACCAACAUCACCUGAAGGACAUGGUUAGCAGUAUGGUAUAAAUCUAGUUUAGCUUCGCUUCUCUCUCUGUUUGCUCUAGAUCCUGCUGUGCCCCUGAGGUAUGGCUGAGGAUGACGUUCUGCUGCUCUGAAGGGUGCGAUGUGUUGAGAGGGAUGUGUGAGGCAAAAUGUUUAAUGCUGAACAACAUUCCUCCACAUCGCUCAUCAGGUCUCUCUAUCUCUGACUACGUGGGGGACCUCCUUGAGGGUUUGAAUGGAAAUUAACUUUAUGUAAGUGUGCUUCAAAUGUAGCGCUUGCUCAAUGUGGUACGAGAGGCUUUGGAACGAGAGCUCUGUAAUCCAUGACUAUACUCUGCACAUGAUGUGAAGGAUGCCCGACUACAUGGUUGUACUUUUUAAGUCUUUAUUCCAAGUUACUAUUGGUGGACUGUGUCUGCUUGUGUACGUGUGUGCAGCUCAGCCAGCAUGUCACACUUAACCUACACUAAAUCCAAUCUUUGCAAUCCAGUGGGAAGAAAGAGAAAGCAGUUGUCUGUAUACAAUGUGACCAUCACUACUCUUUCUAUUGCUCCGUCCAUAAUGUGAAGAUGAUUGCAUAUUGAACGGCCCCGUAAGAAUCCGCAGUGCUGCCUCUGGUUGUUCAUCCAUGUGAAGAUCGACUAACUCUUGUCUGAAAGUGUUGUUGGUCUGCUAUUUCCUUAUCUCAUGAACUCUCUUUAAAACCCAGAUUCAGUGUUUUCUUUCUCUCUGGUUAGAUGGCAUACAGUAGUAUUUUCACCAUCACGCUAACUUUUAAUACCAAUGGGACCCAAUCCUUCACUAGCUAAGGUGCCAGUGGUUGAGUUGUCAUUGGAAGGUUUGGUGGGUUGUUCCACAUAGAGCCUGUCGGUUUAAAUGAUCAAUAAAUGUUACUGAAAACCCAAUAUAUAGAGUGCCUGCUUUGUUUGGAUUGGAUUUCUUUUUAAGACAGACUGACAAUGUCUUGUGAAUAAUCCUCCUUUGAGAUAAAUGGAACGGAUGUAAAUGGUUGAUUUUUGUAGUUGUGUUGUAUGACCUCAUUUUCUGCAUGUCCCCUCACAUGUAAUGUGUUUGGUGAACAAGUGUUGUAUCCCUAGUACUGUAUGCACCAAGAGGUGUCAAGGGCCUGGUGGCUUUUAAACCUCAAAUGAUCAACCUUUGAACAAUUGAAAGAGUCAAGCCAUAGUCCCCUUGGAUUUGUUAGCUGAAAGCCGUGUGACUCGGGAGAGGGACUCCGAUGCAGGUUUCGAGUCUUUCUCAAUUGAUAUGCAGCAAUCAUCCAAAUGCAUGAAAGACGACACCAUCAUUCAAAGGGAAAGCAACUUGAAACGCUUCAUAACUGUCUGAGGUGUGCAGGAGAGCUGCGUCUCCCUGGAUGCUGUGUUUUUAGAUCAAACACACUGGCCCACGCAGCUGAGAGUCGCCCCAACCACUACUGCUACUCCACUCCCUUUCAGAUGCAGCACUUCACACCCUAAACAUCCCCUUCCAAUUGAAGAUGGUUGUGUUUUAGAGGGUUUGCGAUGUCGGCUAUUUCUACAUGAUGUUUUCCAUGCAUUGCAAAAUGUAUUCAACCGUACUGCGAAAGGACUAGGGAAGGUCCAUGUUACCUACUGUCAUCUGCAUAGCUGUACUCUGUCACAUACUUGCAGGUGCAGCAAAAUUCUUGUUAU